AUGAGCUGGAACUUAAGGGGUUUGAAUGGUCCGAAAAAGCAGAUUGAAGUUUUGAAUAUGUGUAGUAAGAAUAAAAUUGGAUUGGGAGCCCUUUUGGAAACUAAAAUGAGGGCGUCAAAAAUAACUGAGAUGAUGAGUACUAGGUUUAUGAAUUGGGAUUACUAUUCUAGUUUAGUUACAGAAAAAAGGAUCUUAAUAAUUUGGAGGAGGGCCUUUGUUAAGGUUAUAGUGAUUGCGGAAGAUAGUCAGUUUGUUCAUUGUCAAGUCCGAAUGGCUGGGUUGAAAUUUCCUUUCUAUGUUUCAUUUAUCUAUGGUCGCAACACAGUGGAGGAAAGGAAGAACCUAUGGCACAAAUUACCUAUAUGUACAGCUGAUGGUUGGAUAGUAUUAGGAGACUUUAAUGCAGUGUUUAAGGCUAAUGAAAGGAACGGUGGAAAGCCUAUUUCCAAGGCUGAGAUUGUGGACUCUUCUCAAUGGUUUAAUAAUUCUCAGCUUGAGGUGCUCAAACAUACAGGUUCAUUUUUUACAUGGACGAACAAUCAAGGAGGCCAGGCUCGAAUUUAUUCGAAAAUUGAUCAUGCUUUUGCUAAUGAGAAAUGGCAGGACCUUUUUCCUACUGCCAUAGCAAUAUUCAAAUGGGAAGUAAUUUCGGACCACUGUUCUUGCACAAUCUCUAUUCAGUCUAAGGAGUUUCUGGGGGUCAAACUCUUUAGAUUCUAUAAUUUCUGGGCUGACCACAGUAGGUUCAAAUCAGUGGUUAUUGAUAGUUGGAGCAAAUUUUCUCAGGGGUCUGGCUUAAAAGCUCUGUAUUAUAAACUGUUAAGGCUGAAACAUCAGUUGAAACAGUUUAAUAAAGAUCAAAUAGGAGAUAUUGGCUCUCAAUUUCAAAAGGCUAAAUCUGACUUUCAAGAGGCUCGUCUUCUUGCUCAGCGCUUUCCUGGUGAUAUAGCUCUUCAGAAUGUUGUUCAAUCAGCUGCUGAAUUAUUUGGCAGAAAAUAUCAGAUGUAUCAUAGUUUCCUGAUGCAGAGGAGUAAGAUAGAUUGGCUUAGGAAGGGAGACUCUAAUACAGCUUAUUUUCAUGCCUACUUGAAGAAAAGAAGAGCUGAAAACAGAAUAGCUUCGUUUAUAAAUGAACAAGGCAAUUUGGUGGAUAAUUUUUUAGAGGUGGUUUCUCUUUUUUUGAACCAUUUCAGGAGUAUAAUGGGAAGUCCUAGUUCAGCUAAGCAGAAGAUUGAUACUCGUUGUGUAGCGCUGGGUCCCAAACUGAAUAUUGACCAGUAA